AUGUCCAAAAACAUUCCAGGGCCAAGCAGGGCUUUGGAGAUCCAAGUGCCAUGUAUUGUCUUUCUUGUCACCACGCCGGCCUUCGUGGCGAUCCGACUGUGGUCCCGAGCUAAGUCUAAGUCGGGCCUGGGCUGGGACGACUGGACCAUUUUGGCGUCUUCUAUAUUUGCGGUUAUCGUCAUGGCCCUCAUGCUGUCGUCCUGCGCCUAUGGCUUUGGCCAACAUAUCGCGAAUCUCACACCACCGAAUAAGCUAAUGACCCUGAAGCUCUUUUUCGUUAGUCAAGCUUUCUACAAGCUCACCAUGAACAUGACAAAGAUGUCCAUCCUGAUGUUAUAUCUGCGCAUUUUUAUCCAGCGUUGGUUCCGCAUUACCUGUUAUCUGCUAUUGAUUAUCAUCACCUCCUACAUGGUGGCCGCCUUCUUCGCCUCCGUAUUUCAAUGCAUACCAGUGGCCCGGGCCUGGAACAAGACCAUCCCAGGAUCGUGCAUCAACAUAACCACCAACUGGUACGCCAACGCCGGCUUCUCGAUCGCUACCGACAUCAUCAUAUUGACGCUGCCGAUGUAUCCUCUCUACAAGUCGAAGAUAGUGUUCAAGCGCAAAAUCGCCCUGAUGGGGGUGUUUGCCUUUGGCGCCUUUGUCGCCGUUACGAGCAUUCUCCGGAUGCGGACCCUGGACUUCUCAUCAACCAGUCCUGACAUUACCUACGAUAUCGCCUCCUCGAUAUGGACGAUAACCGAAGAAAACGUGGCGAUUACCUGUGCCUGCCUGCCAAUGAUGUGGAUGCCACUUGCUAGGCUCUUUCCCUCCUUCUUUUCCAUAGAUCACGGGACCGGCAGCUAUGGAAGCUCGGCCGCCAGGAACUCAGAACCUAAAACCACCUCCCGGCCUCGAAGCAGCUGGACCCCGCUUCAUAGGUACCCUGAUACGAAGGGCAGCAUCAGUAUGAACCAAGCCAGCAAGUCCCAAACCCGCCCUUCGGAGGAUAGCACGGACCAGAUCCUCCCGUCUGGCCAAGGCACCGAAGCCCAGUACCCAAAUGCAACGGGCAUCACGAAGGUCACUGAAUAUGAUGUCUCUUAUUCUAAUGCGAAAAUAGGUCUCUAG